AUGGAAACCAUAGCACAACACUUUCAAUAUACUGGAGAACAUGUUAGUGGUUUUGUCAAAUACAUAUCAUUCUCAUCAAAUAAUGGUGAGAAAUGUCAAAGUUUAAUGGAAUCGACCCUCAAUACAUCUUUAAUUAAUAGUCCUCACACUCCCAAAAGGAUAGACAUAGAUCCUAGAGAUUUCAACAUCCCUAACAAUUGGAUUCCUC